AUGUGGAGGCGGUCGCGGCUGCAGAUGCCGUGGGAGCUGGGCCGAGGUUGGGGAAGCAGCGGAGGGGCAGGCGGACCUAUUGGGAAAGUCCUUCAGUCCGCUGCUCCUGCGGCAGCCUUAGGCCUGCUCCAAUAUUACGUCCGCCUGCCCCUCCGCUGCUUCCCCAACCUCGGCCCAGCUCCCACGGCAUCUGCAGCCGCGACCGCCUCCACAUUAGACCCCGCCAGUUUCUGCAGCCCAGACCACAGCCGUCUCCUCCACCUCGGUGAGUCUUUUCCUGCCGAAAAGCUAAUGAUGGAUGAGCCGGGGGAACACAGCGCAGCCAGUGAAUUGGGUCCAUUACUUGGCGCCCUGACAACCGCAGCCUCUCCGCAGGCUUUGAUGGGGUAUUCCUUAGACGCGGACUUUAUUGAGAGCCUGCCUCUGGCAGUUAAAUACCGAGUGUACGCUCUCAAAAAGCUUCAGGCCAAAUCGGCCGGCCUAGAGGCCAAGUACCUGAGGGAAUUUCAUUCCAUCGAGAGGAAAUUUGCCGGUAUCUAUGGGCCCUUACUAGAAAAGAGACGCCAGAUCAUCAAUGCGCUGUACGAACCCACGAAAGAGGAGUGCGAGGUGAGGUCCGAGGCCGCAGACUAUGGCUAUAAUGAGGUGGCAGAUGACUCUGAUGCUCAGAUGUACUGUCUGGAGGAAAAUCCGGAGUAUGAGGACUUGGAAGACUAUUUCAAGGAGGAUUUUGCGGAUUUCAAGGAGGUGUUUGGGGAGUAUGGAGGAAUCGAGGAGCAUAAUGUGGACGGGGAGAAAGAGGACCCUGCAGGUAUUCCCGAUUUCUGGCUCACGGUUUUAAAGAACGUCGAGGAGGUCACUCCGCUGAUUAAGAAAUAUGACGAGCCCAUUCUGAAGCUCCUGCGAGACGUGAAGGUCAAGUUCUCAAAACCUGAUGAGCCACUCACCUUCACGCUGGAAUUUCACUUCGAACCCAAUGACUACUUCACAAAUGAGGUGUUGACCAAAACAUACAAGCUCAAGUCUAAGCUUGAUUACUAUGACCCCCACCCCUUUAGGGGAUCUGCGGUGGAGCAUUGCAUCGGCUGCAAGAUAGACUGGAACGAGGGAAAGAACGUCACUAUGCAGACAGUCCUGAAGAAGCAGAGGCACAGGUUUUGGGGACUGAUGCGCACUGUAACUCAGGAAUUUCCCCGAGAGUCCUUCUUCAACUUCUUCAGUGCUCUGCAGUGGGGCCUGGAUGCCAAUGAGGAUGAGGAAGACGUCUUCAUCGCUCACACUUUGCGCACCUUUGUUAUCCCAAGAGCAGUGUUAUACUUCACAGGAGAAGCACUUGUGGCGGAGCAAGAGGGGAUGAUCAGGGAAUGUAAUAACCCGGUUUAUGACAGAAUCACUCAUGAGAACUGGGUGGCUGCAGUUGAGGGUGCUAAAGGCCAAGACCCCGACUGCCAGGCAGAAGACAUUGAUCGCUGA